CCUUUCUGUCUCGUGACCGACGAGACGGGAGGAAAGGCAACAUUUGAAGUUUUGGUGAAGUUAGGGAGUUGAUUACAAAGCAGCUCGUCUGUAGUGAAGGAAACUUAACAGUGUGUACGCAUCGCGCAAUUCACCGAAUGUAGGCCGCUACUCCAGGCCGUGCGUUGAAUAUAUCGAGGGCGAUUCGUGGACUUCGAGACUGGGCGAAAGUUGGCGCUUGAAUGAGGGGUGGGCAUACCACUCUUCGUUGCGUGUUUUAGUUUGCAUCGCUAGCUUGUUAAUUUAUGAUCCUCAAGGAAAAUUUAAUCCACGUUUCGGGUGUAAGUGACUGUAAAUUAAAGGACGCCACAGCUUAAAGGAAGGGGAUCAGCAAUGCACAACAAUCCUCCUCCAUAUAACACCGUGCCAGCGGGUUAUGGCUGUGGGCAGAAUUAUGGAGCGAUACCACAGAAUGCUCCACCACAACACCCGCCCCCGCCGUACCUCGGACAAGGAUACCCCCAGAUGCCUCCUGUUGCCCAACAACCAAACUACCCAGGAACAUACACCAUAAUCCAGCCAUCGGUGGUUGUAGUGGGGGGAUGUCCGGCCUGCAGAGUUGGAGUGCUGGAAGAAGACUUCACCUGCUUGGGGAUCCUGUGUGCCAUCAUCUUCUUCCCCAUCGGAAUCCUCUGCUGCCUGUGCAUGCGUCAGAAGACGUGUCCCAACUGCGGCGCCAACUUCGGGUAGAAGGACCAAACUGCAGCUCACCCAAGGCCCAAAUAUAUUGCUCCUUUUUAUAGAUUUUUUCCCUCUUGUUUUAACAGAUAAUGCCAUACAUUUCCCAGAGAAGAUCACUCUCUGUGUCGUUGUAGAUGGGGGUUAUGGUGGCAAGCAUUAUGGAAAAGAAAAAUUAUGAAGAAAACCUGUAUGCAUGUGAAAUUGUUGUCAUGUUUUCUUGUCCACAGGCAUGGCCAAAAAAAUCCUCUUUGCUUUCUGUCAAAUCUUAGACCUCCCUCCGGUCAUUCAUCAUUCAGUUAUAUCUGGCUACAUUGAAUGGAUGUUAAUUGGGGUUUCUAUAAAACGAAAUAAUCAAAGGGAAUAUCUUUCAACUGUUACGGUUUAAAACUUUUUUGUUAUGUUUUUGGGUGGCACAGGGACGCCACCGUAUCAGGCUAGACGUUGAGAUCACUUCUGAAUUUUCUCGCUAUAAAUGAACUGUACUGCUGGCAGACUAGUUUCAUAUUCUACGGUUCAGUUUCAUCUGCUUCAGACGGUACACAGUGCUGUAAGCACCGCUGUCGUCAGCUUAACCAAAGCCUUUUUUUUCUCUCGGUGUUGUGAUUCCGGAUUUAAACACACCUAACUGCUGUUGAAUGCGUUGGGCGUGCCAUGUGUCGUUUCUUUGAACCCAACCAUCAACUUUACAUGAUAAAAAAAACCUCCCCAAAGUCCCUAAUGUAGAAAGAAUAUUAUAUAUUUUUUUUUAUUGUUUUGAAUCCCGCCCCUCCAAACUUAAAAGGCCGGGCUGAAAUGACAGUAAUUACCAUUGUUCAUUUUCUAAUGAUGUAACCACUCUGGGUGGCCUAGAAUGCAUUGCUUUCACAAUGUAGCACUUAGCAGCCUUCAGAUGAUUGAGAUGUUUCAUCUCGAUCGUAAUGGAAUGGAAUGCCUUUGCCAGAAGACCAAAUCUGCAUUUCAUAGCGCAGAUGUCUGGUUAAUUUUAGGGUCCAUAUUUACUCUGCGCUGAUAAUCAUUGUUGUUCCUGUUUUGAUCUACUAGGAGGAAAAAAAUAAAAUAAAAUGGAAAAAAAAGCCUCUUGCAGUUCUCAGGUAAAUGACUGACGCUGGGAAAAAAAAAAAAAAGUUCCCAAAGUGUAUGAUUCAAGUCAGUGCAGGUUUACGGUCAUUGCCUGCCAAGUUCAGUUCCUGCCCAGUUCAGUUUCCUGUUACUACAGGCUCUGUUUAUCUGUUGCUGCACACGGCGUUGGAUUUCAAUGUUCAAAAUUUAACAAGGUGGCAAAAUCGAUGGCACGCCAUUUUGUAAUUUAGGGGAUGACUUCAAGCAAGUGCUACCUGCAGACACUCGACAGCCAAUUGUGUCCUUGCAAAUGGCAAUCUGUUGAUUGAUCAGUCAAUGGACUUCUGUGUACCCUUAUCCUGUGAGAGGGUUUAUAAAACUGUCAGUGUGUCAACAGUGUGUCUUACAUUAAAGAUUUAAUGGUUUCUGCUAUGAAAUGAUACACUUGCUGUUGCAUCUUAAAUUUACUUUUUUAUAUAAAGGCAUUGUAAAUAAAAUUAUGAGCGAAAAGAGA